AUUAGUUGCGACUCGCAAGCUAGCAAUUUUUUGACCUUAGAGGAAGCGCGGCAUAUAUAUGUAGCUAUCAGACGCAUAUUGUAAUUAUAGUUACUUGGUAAAUUGUAUUGCGGUAUAUUGUAUGGUGUUUUGUUGUGUUUAUCCUGGAUUUAGUUAGCCGCGUUAGCGUGUUGCGUGACGUGGACGACGUUUGGGGAAAUGCCACAACAGAGGUCAGGAUCACCAAAUUACAGUAGGAGUCCCAGGAGACAGCCACUCCCUUGUGACCAAUCUGACAGUCAUCCUUACACAAGGCUGGCAGAACAUGACAUGCUGCUGGACAGGAGCCACCAACCCAGAGUAGAUCACGAAGAGUAUAGGGAUAUCUACCCAGAGGGCCUCCGAAGAUCUCCUUCUUUUUCAGAUGGUCGCCAUUUUGGCCACCAAAGCCAUCCAGUCCCAGAAGAUUUGUACCGCAGGAGGACACCACCUUUUCGUGAUAUGAUGGGAUACGAAGAAGGGAUGAGAGACCGCUUCCAGCAUUUUGAAAACCGAGGAAGAUCACCCCACUCGCCGCCGAGGGUAGCCAGGGAAAGGCUUCCAUCCAUGCCUCAGUCACUUACAGACCACCCACAGAUAGUGUCUGAGAUGGACUGGAGGAGAGAGAACAAGGGCAGAGAUCGAGGGAGGUCAAAAGAUCUCAGUCCCAGGCCAAUGUUGGAUGACCAAAGAAGCAUAUCGGGUAGAGACAGAGGAAGGAGGGAUGAGCAGGAUCUAAACAGAAAUGGAAGAAGAGACAAUUCACAGCGGCAGAGGAAUUAUCCUGUAAAAAGGCACAGAAGAAAAAUGGAUGAUGGAUCUCCUAUUCGGUACGGAAUAGAAGCUGAUUUUGAGGAACGUGACUCUCAGGAAAGACCUAGAGAUGCGUUUGGAGAUGGCACUCCGGAACAUUCAGGACCGUCUGUCUAUGAAUAUGACCAUGACAGAAAUGUGGGAGGACAGCCACAGUGUCAACAAUUUGAUGAUCGCAGUGGUCGCAGCUCUGGCUUUGGACAAAAUAGGAGUCCCUUUCCAAUUGACCCCUUAAAAGAACACCACUUCAGGAGGUCAGAUGGCAGGAUGGAUGAUCAGGAAGGUGCAAGACCACAUUCUUCUCAUGAUAACAGGAGAGCUGCCGCAUAUGAAAAUAGGGGGAGCCCUGUGCAUCGAGGUAGGACAAACCUUCAGCAAACUGACCGAUCUCACCCCCUAUCUCAUCUCACAAACUACAGGAGGGACGGUCCUCACCCAAAAAGGAGGGCUAAUUAUGAUGGAAGGACUGGAACUGGCCCAUCUAGGAGCCAUUCCAGCUCCCAGCAGACCCACAAGGGAUAUCCCAAUCAUCCCCAUGAGCAGCAAAUACAGGAAAGAGCAGAAGAUUUUUACAAAGAUUCUGUCAAUGUGGUGCCAGACUGGACAGAGGCAGGAGGAUUUCAAAAGUGGUCACAUGACAGGCCUGGAAGUCAAGACCGACAGUUGCUGAAGGGUGACUUGGAUCCUAAAAUGCCCCGUCAGAGGGUGCGUGGAUGGCAUCCUCAGCAAGCAAAUGACAUGACUGUUGUAACAAAAGAAACACUAACCAUCAAAGUAGACAUGAGCCGGCCCGUGAUGCAAAACAGUCAGCUUUGUUACUCCUCAGACAGGCAGCUCUCUUUAGACCUGGUCAAUGUUGGUCGCCAACGUCUGGACUUCCUGCCCAUGUUGCAGCACUCUGGAACGUACCACGAGACCCCCACACACACUGGGACAUUUGCACAGGAAAUAAUAACACUGGUGCACCAGGUCAAAGAUCAGUAUUUCAGAGACAGUGGGGUCAGCCUAAAUGAGCGAUUUGCAGCUCCCCAAAAGGGCGGCUAUUCUGAUGGUGACUUAGAGGAGCUGACGCUAGAUGAGAGGUUCAGUUCUAAACGGGGUUUCACCUUCCAUAAUAACACACUGAUCGACGAUGAGCCUUUGUUUUCCAGCGUGGGUCCCAUGCAGCAGGUAAUGAAGCAGCAACCGUUGCGAGGUCCGGGUGACCUGAGGCAUGACUUGGAGAGGAGGAGACAGGAGAGGCUGGAGGGAGUCAAGGUUACUAUACCAGGAAACAGUAUGUCACAGCGCCCCCUAAGCCCACUCAGCAAGCAGUGUGAAGAGUACAUCGAGGUCGAGGCCGCCCAGAUGGAAGGGGGAUUUUCCAGGUGGUCAGGGCAGCAAAAGACGAGACGAGGAGGCAGAAUGGGACCAAGGAGGGGAGCAAACUAUAGACACAACAUGCGUUUCCAGCACAGGAAUAAUGUUGGCCACAGCCACACUGGACCAAUGGCACGAGGCAACAACCGCAACAGUGCUACAGGUAUCAACUGGUGAUUUGACAUUGGAAAGGUAAUCAAUCAAAGGAGAUAAGUCUGCUGAUUUGUUGAUCACAACCAGUUAGCAAAAACCAUAUCUUGAGUCAUCUGUAUAAAAAGUAAACUGUGAUGUUUCUGUUCUUAUCUGUUUUAGGGAAUUGUCAUAAAAUUGAGUUGGACAUGAAACCUUUGUUUGUUUUCUUGUACCAUAGUACUCUCAAAUUCCUAAUUUCUCACAUUCUCUCUUCAUAGCUAUCUUUAAAAAAAAUCUUCUUUGGAGGGUCUUCCCCCCAUCCCCCCAGGACAUCGUUUGUUGAAAGUAGAUUUUAUUCGAUGUUAAUACUUAACCAGCUCACAGCGGGUGAUUAAAAACCCUCUGCUGUAACAAGCUCUGUUUCCUGUCUGAUAGUGAGACUGUAAACUACUGUUUAAUGUUCGCCCAUUAGUUUUUCUCGUGCAGUUUCAUGAACGCACCUGCUAAUCAGUGACCGUUUGCUAAUGACAUGUUAAACCCUUAGUGGAAACCAUCAAUGUUAUGAUUCCUGCUUGUUUUCUUCAUGUUUAAACAUUUUAUUUUGUAUAGUUCUUGGUGUUAUAAUCGGCCUGUUAGUGGUACAUGAUUCGACAUGACACAGUGGUCUCUGAAUAAAGCGUGUCUGUGUAAUUUUGA